AUGCUAGAUAACAAGAGAGCGUUCAUUACAAUGUAUCAUGGCUUGAACAAGGAGAUUCAAGGCAGAGAUAGAACAUACACAGCAUACAAGAUCUUUAUUUAUCCAUCACGUGUUCCCCCAUUUGCUACUCAGGCACUCGCUCGUUGGCAACAAUCAGGCAGCCAUGCUGUGGUGAAUAUCUUCUCCUCAACCGUUUUACCCCACAAUUCUCGCACAAAACACCUCAACAGCACCACAAAUUCAAUCUCCUAG